GAAAAGGUAAGGCUGUGAAUUUCAGGCACAAGUUAAAAUUAUUAUUAUUUUCUUGGAAAAUGAUUUUGCACCUUCCCAUACCGUUGGUGUAAUCAGGUUGAGAAUGUGCGAUGAAGGACCCAUUUCGGGUUUUUGUUGAUGCACAGAACUUCUGUGCCUUUCCUUAACUCUUUUCAUCUCUGACAUAAGGUAUCUGAAUUGUUCUGUGUUGCUCUACAUAGUUUCUUCAUUAGUUAAAUAGUGGUUUAAUUUAAAAGGUUUGCUUAACUAUUUCUCCUGAGUGCAAGUCUUCUGUGUUUGCUCAGUUGCCCUUUGUCUAAUAUUACAUUUUGUCUAAAGUUCUGAAUUCACUCAAUGUGAGAAAUAUGCAAUAAGAGGAAAUCUUUAAAUAUCGGUAAAUACUUUUUCACAGUGCUUUAGACCUUAAUUGUAAUUUAGAGGGAUUUAGAAUGACGAACACACUGGGCUUUUGUCUGCAUUUUAGUUCAUGUUUUGGCAGCGACAGUGCCCUCUGGUGGAAAGCCUGAGAGCCUUCACAAUCUCUGCAUAAAGGGACUUCUGAUGAACUAUCAGGGCCUCUAUAUAUAUAUAUAUAUAUAUUUUUUUUUUUUUCAUAAAUUUUUGUGGAAUUUUGAGUGAAUGCAGCAGUCUGGAGCUCCAUGUCUGUUGUCAAGGGGCUAAGAUACACAAAAUCCUGUUAAUGUUCUGGUAAGUUUAUUUCAGGUUGGCCCAAAGUACUUUUACGUUGCAUUUUAUUUGGCAGACCCUUUAUCCAAACCGAUGUGCAAUAAGUAUAUACCGAAGGUCAUUGGAACUACUACAGAACACAAGUUCGAUUGGGUACAAUUCUUAAGUAUCAGUUAUCCAUAACCAUGAACAUCAAGUCUAGUUCAUGCAGUAAACAUAGGCUAAGUAAAGUUAGUAAAGUUAGUCAGUAAAGUUAAAAGCUAAAUGAAAAUGCAAGUGUAACAUGAACACAGUCAGAAGAGAUGCGUCUUCAGACCACGGCACAAAACGGGCAAUGGCCGAGUGGUUUGUAGAGCAACGGGGAGUUCGUCCCGCCACUGGGGAGCUGGGGUGGAGAAGCUCCAUGGUCAGGACGAGUGAGAACCAUUCACCCGGAUGGCAGGAAGUGAAAAUAUUUUGUACCCAUUUUUCUUCCGUUAAUUAUAUAAAUGUCACAAAUUACUUUCAGAAAAAAGUGUUGUAUCUAUUUGCAUCUUGUGUAGAUGCAUGAUGAUAUGACAUCAUGGUUUAGAUGUCAUUCCAUCCACUAGGUUGCGGCACUAACACACUUGCUAUGAAAAUGGAAGAUGUGUCCCCUGAGGGGUGGUAAUCAGGCAGGUUCUCAUCUGUAAUUUUAGAGGGCAUUCUGAUUAAAACUGCCCUGUGAUGGACUGGUGAACUGUUCAGGGUGUAUUCCUGCCUCUCUCCCAGCGCACGCUGGGAUAGGCUCCAGCACCCCCCCGUGACCCUGACAAGGGAUAAGCGAGUAUAGAUGAUGGAUGGAUGGAUUCUGAUUAAAAAGUUUUUAAAAUCACUGGGUUAGGAUUCCUGCUGUCGGGUCAUAUUGAUCAAAAUGUCUGACUCUAGUUUAGGCUGAACAGCACUGAGAGGCCCACUUGAAUUUAUGGAAGUGGACAGGGGAGCCGGUAAGAAAAUUAGUCCUCCUCUUUGUCUGUCAGAUCCUCUGACUCAGCAGUCGUGGGCUUGGACUCAAACUCGAACUGGAAGUGAAACUCAUGCGUUGUUUAACAGGAAGGGAAGCAAAGCUGACCCACAGUCCCGCUGUACCUCACAAUCCCUCGAAACUCUUCAGCUCUUCAGCUCAUUUCUGUUUUUUUCCCACCUCAGUUUUUUUGAAGGUGGUAACUUCUUGACCAAGUACGCAUUUAUGCCUCAAACACAUUUCACGUUUUUUUGGUAGGUGCACUUUAGGUAGGUAUAAUUUUUUCUCUUAUUUGCUCAGUUGCAACAAAGAAAUAUAAAAAUAAUAACCCAGAGUAUUCAGCCUGUUUACCGUCUCAUAUACUUUUCCAUGGCUGCACAUUUUAUUCAUAAAACACACAAACCCCUAUCUCCCUCCUUAGAUCUUGUGUAACCUGAGAAAGGUCAACUAUGCUGCAAUACAAACAUGUACGGCAACAGUCUCCAGGAAGUGGAAACUCUUCAGCUGUGCAGAGAUGUCUCUCUGCGCUGUACCACCAUGCAAGCUCAAGCAGCAAACCUGCAGGCCUUCAUGCUGCGUGUGGGCGUGUGCCAGGAAGCUUGUGCGUUCCCGUGACAACACUGCCAUCAAAAAAGUACUAUUUUUAAACUUUAAAUUCCUUCACUUCACUAAAUGCUUCUCAAGUUCAUUUGUAGCAGUAGGACAGCUAGCUAGUUACCAGCCUCUCAACUGAUCAUGAUUUAUUAAGUUUCUCUCUUUUGUUGUUGUUGUGGCAACCAGAGGCAGUUGCCGUGGAGGCAGUGCAUUUCGCGGUACAUGAUGUCAUAAACUUUCCCGCUGUGGGAGUUCAAAAAUGUGUAAUUUAGGUCCCCAUGCAAAAUAAUUCCACUUUCGCUCAACUGUAAUUAUGCACCAUCUAUGCAUAUCUAUUUAUCUUUGAGACAAUAUGAAAAAAUACCCCAAAUGCAAGAGAAAGCAUGUUUAAUGCAUUACCUGCCUCCUUAUGUAAUAUGGAUGCCAACACAUACUGUACAUUAUAAUCUAUUUAUUUUUACUCAAAUUGCUACCUCUCUCUAAUGGGCUGAAGUAUUGAGAUGACCUAAAAUGGGGUUAUAAUUUAUAUUUAUGACAACAUGUAUUGCUUGACACAUUUGCUGAGAUCAUUUGAAUCAUAUUGCACCCCUUUACUUAACACAUAUUGAACAUACUUUGUUGUUAUCACAAGCAUUUUAUGCAUCAGUUUCAUCCAAAUACACAAAAAUUGCAGUUAAUAUAUAUGUAAUCUGUGUCCCCCUACCAAAAUAGUGCCUCAUCAGCCAUGAUCAAAACACACACUUUGAUUAAACAAGAGACUUGCCCAUUGCCUCAAAAUAAAUCAACAGCAGAAGACUCACUGGCAAAAUUUAAACAAUGUGAAAAAAAAACGUAGUACUGUAUUAACUUCCCAUUGAUUACCAUACUAGAACAUUGGCAUACUCAAAACUUUAUUGAUCAGAUUAAAUAAAUGGGGCGACAUAGCUCAGGAGGUAAGACCGAUUGUCUGGCAGUCGGAGGGUUGCCGGUUCAAACCCCGCCCUGGGCGUGUCAAAGUGUCCUUGAGCAAGACACCUAACCCCUAACUGCUCUGGCAAAUGAGAGGCAUCAAUUGUAAAGUGCUUUGGAUAAAAGCGCUAUAUAAAUGCAGUCCAUUUACCAUUUAAAUUACAUGAACUGAAUUGUGUUCAAAAACAGUCACCAUUUUAAAUCUGGCCUGUAUUCUUGUUUUAUGUGACCCUAGAUAACCCUCAAACAGCUUUUGACCAGAAUAGGCCACAGAAAUAACGUAACGAAGUAAAUUUGGACAGGACGUAUGAGAGGGCUCGAAGUUCAGCUUUUACAUUCUGCAGUGUGUGAAACCAAAGCGAACUGGCUGUAACUCUUCAUGUGAUCUUGCUGUGGUUUGAACACAAAUACAGCAUUCUCUCUAAGUGCUACACUGGGGCCCUUUUUGCACAAUGUCAAUCUCCCAUUUUUAGCCAGCCGUACCUUUUUCUACAGGUGAGGAGACACCACUAGGCUGAAGAAAAGGAAAGAUUUUGUCUCUGUGGGAGUAUCAAUCAACUGCCGAGUUUCAGAUCUGGCUGUCAGGUUUCUGUACUCAUUGCAAUUUUGUGGGGGCACAACUGUAUUGGAAUUAUCUUCCAAGUGCAAGUGACCUGACGGUCACGACUGUUAUAAUAUGAAAACAUCUGUGUUGGACUGCUAACAAAUCCAGUAAUAGUAAUAAUAAUAAUAAUAAUAAUAAUAAUAAUACAUUUACAAAGGCCACUUCACAGGGAAAUCUGGAUAAGACACAUUGUGAAGACGGUAAAGAAUACAAUUGAUAAAAUAAUAGAGACGUUUGGUUGUAAGGACAGUAAACUCAAUCCGAGUAAAUCUAGUAAAUCCAAGAGGGAGAACAGAGGAAACGAUCACACCAGAGGUUCUAAACUGUGGGUCACAACCCCAUGUGGGGACACCUGAACAUUUUGGGAGAAAAGGGUAAUUUUUUUGUCUCUUGAAAAUGUGUGAAUGUAGGCCACUGCAUGUGGAACAUCAGAACGAUCCAGCUAUAAUAAAGCAGUGAGGCUCGAGGGGCUGGUGGGAUAUCGCCAGUAUAGUCACAGCUAAAGGGUGCUGUUAGGCAGGAAGUAUGUGCGUGGGUGGGAUGUUGGGGGCAUGCAAAAUUGUGAACAUUCAUUUGGGCUUUGGGAACCUCUGGGUAAAACAUUCAAAAAACUAAAUGAUUCUACUCUUGUCAGUCGCAGUCAAAGAAAUAUUGUGCAUGCUGGGUAUUCUCCCUGAGACAGGUCGUAAGGACGAAAAGCCUUGUCUUGAACGUGUUAAGCUGAUCUGCCCCUGUCCAUUCUUUUAUUCUGUGUGAGUGAAACAUCCAACCAUGCAUCCGUUUUCUAAAGCACUUAUACCUGGUCAGGGUCAUGGGGGGGUAUCGUAUUGCUGUUCGCUGCACUGCUGUACAGUUCAUACAAGUGUCUUGGAUGGCAAGAACAUAUUGCAGUGAAAAUAUUUUCAAAUAUAUGACUUAUUUUAUUAUUAUUGAACGCCCCUUGUAGUGUAGGUUUUGGCACAGUGGACAUGUGAACAUGUGGUUCUUGAGGUUUGGACGAGAGACUCGUGUCUUGUACAGGCGACAGAACAGGACUCGCCCAGUCUUCAAAAGAUAAACAUGCACAAGCAGCAAAAUACAAAAACGUUUCUCUUUGAAAGAUGAUCAGGGCCCGAUGGCCUUCUGUAGGUACAGGUGGCCUGUAUUAUGUCAACAGUAAGAAGCAUGAGUUUCAGUGUAGAUGGAAUCUUUUGGAAAUUUUGUGAGUCUCCGUGCUCAGCAACGACACUCAUGGCGUUUAAUGUGAUUUCUGCUCACAGCCACUGUACUUCCCCUUUUUGGCUCUGCAGUGGUGAACAGGAAGCGCAGGAGGAAGUUAUUUUAUUUUGGUUGUUCUUUUUUUCUUUUUCUCAGUCUCUUCAGAGCGCUCAGUGGCCUGUGCCUUGUCUUACUUUCUUGCCUUCUGAACGAAUUUUUCAUUUUCACGUUGUUUAUUUUUUUGUUUGUCAGUGGAUUAGGGGGGUAUCGAGGAGGGUGGGAGGGAGGUUGGGGUGCACUUUCAGGAUUUGGAUUAUCCCGGCCCGUUUUUCUGGAAGCGUUCCUGACCGCCUCGCCUUGCUUUCAGAGGGCCCCCGUACCUUCGCACCAGACGUGAUUUAGCAAGAGGAAGCAUUUAGCGCCGCUAGCUAUCAGCAAGCCGCCUCUCCCUUUUCGUCAUCGCCUCUCGGUCGUUUUCAAUGCCUGCGGUGGCGUAACAUCAUCCUAGCCUCUGUGGCGCACGGACCUAAAGCCCCUCCUCUCGUCUCCUUACCGCGAACGCCAGCUGGGCCCCGCACUUCCUUAGCUCGCAGCGGGAUCGAGAGCAGACUGGGGAGCAUAGCGGCCGGGCACGGGGAGCCAUUUUCUUCGAGGCCUUGGUGUCGAGCGCGACCAGGCGGGAGUAAAUGAGCAGAGAGAGCGCCGCCACUGCCAGGCACUCUUUAGCUUUCGCCGCGGUACGUUUCCUUUUCGUCUCUCUCUCUUUUUUUUCUCCCCACGCGGGGGCCUUCUCUGUCGGGCUCGAGCGGAGAACGACCAGGGAGCAACAUGAGCUUCGACAGCGUGCCAUCCAAGGCGGAGGUGAUGAGCUGGAACCCUCCACAGCUGGCAGACUACCUGAGGAAGAUGGACCUGGGUGGCUGUGACAAGGUCAUCAUGAAGUGCGGAAUGAAUGGGCGAAGGUUCCUGAGCAUGACGGACAACGACGUUCAGAAAUUUCCCAAAAUCCACACCCCGCUCAUCUCUAAAAUCUGCAAGGAAAUUAAUAAGAAAGAAGAAAAGAGGGGAUUCUUUCCAAAAAGAACGGUGCAGAAGUACCCAGAACCAGUCGCUGUUCCAGAGGAUGUUGGCUGGGAUUCGGAAGAGUUUGAUCAAAGCGACGACGACUACGAGAGUCCGGACUCCGGCGGUGGUGAGGGCAGCGGGGGGGACUACGAGUCCCCGGCCGAGGAGGACCCCCAACAGGGAGGUGGGGACAGUGACAACGACUACGAGCCCCCGCCGUCCGAGCCCCCCGACGAACUGCCCCGUCAGAUAUGCCCCGCCAAGCCCCUGGGGGACAGUGACUACAUAGAUAAUACUCGGAAUCGUGGGGUGUCAGUGAAGGUGCCCAACAACCAACCACCCGUCCCCCCCCAGCGACCAGGGCCCGGACCGCCCCAAGUCAAUCUCCGCUCGACCCUGCCCGGGCCCCACCCUCCCAGACGAGAACAGUCUCCACAGCGACCCUUCCGGCUACCAAACCAGCCUGCCCCGGGCCCUUCUGCCCCCCAGGUGGAUCGCAGGAAGAAGCCCACCACCCUGGAACGGGGGCUGCCUGGCCUGCCCGCUCCCCCAGAGAGAGAAUCCCCCCUGGCAGAAAGGAAGCCUUUUGGUGUUGGUGAGAGGACUACACCACCAAGAGGUGCCUUCAGACCUCCAGCAAUAGAGAAACCUCCAGAGCCACAGAGGCUGCACAAGCCCCCCAUUCCAGGACCUGGAGUCAGUAGGAGGGUGUCCUCUGUGAGCCAACACACAGCUACCUCCAGACCAUUUUCACAAGAUCACAGAAAUGAUGUUCCGGAUGAAGCAGAGGGUGCCUCCUUCAGCUCCAACACCUUCCCUCUCUCUGUCAGGACCUUGCCCCCCCGGCCAGGGGUCCCCUCAACCCCCUUUGACAGCUUGCCCCCCAACCGUCCAGCCAGUUCAUCGCUGCCCUCCCGGCUCCAGCCAAGUGUAACUGUUCAGCGAUCCAGCUCGAGAGGUCAAGCAGACAGAUGCCCAAGGGUCCCCCUUCCACCCCAGCGACCUUCAGUCCCUGAGCCACAGCCUGAAAGUGAACAGGACCUGAACCCGAUGUGGUACGUGGGCCAGGCCACCCGGGCGGACGCAGAGGGCAAUUUGAGACAUAUCAACCAGGAUGGUGCGUUUCUGGUGCGGGACAGUUCGAAAGGCUCGCCCACUCAGCCCUACACCCUCAUGGUUCUGUACCAGGACAAAGUCUACAACAUUCAGAUCCGUUACAACAGUGACGAAGGCGUGUUCCUAUUGGGCACAGGUUUCAAGAGCAGUGAGAACUUCCCGGGGGUGAAUGACAUCAUCAAGUAUCACAUGAAGAUGCCGCUUCUGCUGAUCGACGCCAAAGACCGCCGGUCAGCUCAGCAGCGGCAGUGUCUACUGACCCACCCUGCAGGGUACUGACCGAACACCGCCCCCAACACCGCCCCCUAGCUGCACAAAAAGGAAAGGCAAGAGACACGGAGAGACAAUGUAGAAAUGUCUGUUCUGGGUCGAGUCGUGGACAACCCUUUACUCUAUUAAAAGGACAAAGCCCACUUAAGAAUUGUUGGACAUGCCACCUUUUAACAUAUGAGAUCUGUGAUGGCUGCCCAGGGUGUGGUGUCAAAGGAUGCCAGGAGGGGGCGCACUCAUUUAAAACAUGGCACUGAAACAAACCCCUUAACCUCCUGUCAUAGCCUAUGAUUAUUUAAUGUUUUGUUUAGUUUUUUUUAACCAAGUAUUAUUAUGUUUUUAGCUUAAGUUGAUUUAUCAGGUUAAUUUUGUGACAGCUUGUGUAGCUGGCUACCCAGGUGUGUGGAGCUGUGGAUCAUUCAAAGUUUGCUGUAUGGGGCUGUUCGUAAAUCACAACCAUUUUGUAGCACCACAUUAUCUCUGAAUGCAACAGGGGCGACGCAUUACAAAUUUUGGUCACACCGAUAGUGCUUCUCACAGCCUAAUUUCUGGAAUUUUACCGUUUUCUUCAAUAAAACUGUGUUUCUGUGCA